GUUGCUAGGGGGCGUGGCCUAGCGCUCCUGCUGGCGUCACGCGCGGAGAGUUCCGCAUUCCACGGCGCCCAGCGAUACAUAAACGCGCUGAUGCAACGGGAACAGACGCGCAAACGAGCUAAACGGACGAGCGACCGCCGACUCUCAGCAGCGAACAACAGAAAUGAUGCCCGGUCAGAUCCCUGAUCCGCUGAUGACGGCCGGUUCUCUGCCCAGCGUCGGUCCUCUGGCUGGGAUUCCCGCCACCACCCUGACAGACCAGCUCAAACUAGCAGAGCUCUACAGCCUCGGCGCGGUUCUGUCUCCUCUCAUCCUGAACAGACACGCCAAGAGACCGUUCGACGUCAUCAAGGGUGAGGCAGAUGAUGACGAGGAACGCAAGAAGAGGAGGCGAGAGAAGAAUAAAGUCGCAGCCGCUCGCUGUCGAAACAGAAAGAAGGAAAGAACAGACUUUCUCCAGAAGGAGUCUGAGCGCUUGGAGACGCUGAAUUCGGAGCUGAAGUCUCAGAUCGAGGAUCUGAAAUCUGAGCGGCAGCAGCUGAUCGUGAUGCUCAACCUGCACCGGCCCACCUGCAUCGUCCGCACAGACAGCGUGAAGAGCCCCGAGAGCGACGAGCACGUGCUGGACCGGCGUGAGGAGCAGUCCGACUGAACACACACACACACACACACAGCUGAGGCGCUGUCAGGACACUAGCACAAGAAGAAGAGAUGAUGCAGGACAUUCACUCUCAGAGGAAACGGUCUGGGAUUUAUACAUAUAAAAAAAAACACAACAACAACAACAUCCUGUCAGUGUCAAUAUCAGCAUAAAGCAAAAAGGAAGGACAUUUGUGUGGACGACAAACAAACCUCCACGAGAUCACCCAAAAAGCUCAAAGACGUUAGAAAGGCGCUGGUGGAGCUGCAGGCGUCGCGUCUCUCAGUUGAUCUGAGCGCUUCCUCCGGCGGCCUGCAGGCGGCGCUGUCUGAUAAACUCUUCACUGACGCGGGCGUCGCUAAGAACCGAUUGUUUACAGUUGUUUGCAUUGACGCGGUCAAUUGUAUAUUGUACUGUUUAUUGUAUUUACAUUUUUAUUGUGCCAUUACAUGAUACAGAGUAUGUUUUAUGUUCAGGGUGUCUGUUGAACGGCCACUUUUAUUACCAAAUAAUGCUUCUUUGUUACAUGAAGCCCCAUUAAAAUAAAGCCUAUUUUUCAAAUACAA